AGUCCAGAUUCUCCUUAUGUCUUUAGUAUCCCCUUGCCCAUAAGCCAAGUGUAGACACUGUCCUUAUCAGUCCUUAUGGUCCGUGAUCGUACAUCACCUUUCUAUCGAUCCUGGUGUACACGUCACACAAUGGACGCUGCUGUGGUUUACGCUUCCGUGAAGAAAGGAUCAUUUACUGUGGUUUUAUGAAGAGACGCGGAAUCCCUUGUGCGAAUCUUCAACAAUCUUCAAUGUAUUUCGUGCGGGAGAAGUCGUAGGAAUUGUUGUUGAACGCAUGCGAUAAUUAUUGAGCAUUCUUGCGUGAGGUGCGAAGUGUGUUAAAGUGAAGAACGAGUGUGCACGUAAGUGUGUACGAGCUGCCUAAAAGGGCUUCUAACGUCCAAGGACUUAUAAAAGGUUUAAAGGCGCCAGAACUGCAUUGGCUUUACGCAAGAGAGCCCGAAAAAUCCAGAAGUACAAAGCCUGGAUGACGGGACAAGUGAAGAGAUAUUUUUGAGCAUUAGUGAAAGUGAACAUCAAAUAAAUAGUGCAACUAUGGACAAUAAUACCGACGGAGACAACUUAAAUCUGAGUUGUGGAGAAAAUGACAUAGUAGAUGAAUUAAAAAUUGCUGCUGAUGAGACAUACGAUACACGUAGUGAAGUUUCAUCUAGCAGUUCAAAUUCUGAUUCUAGUCAGCCUAGUAUAAGCUCAGUUUCAACAAAAUCCUCACGUGGAGACAAUAAACGUAAUAGAAAAAACAGGGGAAAACGUGCUAGGUCAAGAGAUUCUAAAUCAUCCAGUCCUGAAACAAAACGUGCAAGGUCCAAGGAGAAUAAAGGAAUUGCCAAGAGCUAUGAUUAUGCUACAAAAUUAAAUUACUUAUUUAGGGAUGCAAGAUUUUUCAUCAUUAAAUCAAACAAUGCUGAGAAUGUCACGUUAUCAAAGGCUAAAGGAGUAUGGAGUACAUUGCCCCAAAAUGAAGCCAAUUUAAAUCAAGCUUACAGGGAGUCCAGAAAUGUCCUUUUAGUGUUUUCUGUAAAAGAAUCAGGAAAAUUUGCUGGCUUUGCACGGCUUAGUACAGAGUCUAGAAGAGAUGGAGCACCCAUUUCUUGGGUGUUACCUCCUGGAUUAUCAGCUAAAGCUUUAGGGGGUGUAUUCAAAGUUGAUUGGAUAUGUAGAAAGGAAUUACCAUUUACAGCGACCUUACACUUGUAUAAUCCAUGGAAUGAUGGUAAACAGGUAAAAAUUGGACGAGACGGACAAGAAAUAGAGCCAAGAGUUGCGGAAGAAUUAUGCAGAUUGUUUCCAGAAGAUGAAGGCAUUGAAAUGACUCCAAUUUUGAGAAAGUCGAAGGAAGCAGCGAAACAUGUUACAAAAUCAUCUCGUUCGUAUCGAGAUAACAGACCUGUUAACAACAGUUCUAGAUUUUUACGGUCAAGGGGUGGUAGGGGACGUAGGCUUUUCUUAACUUCACGAUCUCGUUUAGCUUCUUUAGCCAGAGGAUCUCACUUAGGUGGUAAUGAUCAUAGAGGAUCCAGGGAUCAUCAUCAUCAUCGAUAUGCUUCCUGGUUUAAUAGAGGAGAUUCUCCUUACUCAAAGGGAUAUGGUAGUCCUGGAUUAGGUGUAGCUGCUGCAGCAGAAGCAUAUGUUGCAGAUUACAUGCGCACCAUGCAGCACCAGUUACCUCCACUACCUCCUUACGCUGCACCUCAUCCUUAUGAUUCUUUACCCCCACCACCGCCACCGCCCAGGUAUUACGAUGGUCUACCAUUACCACCUGAUUACAGUGCGGCUGCUUCUGCACUUGAAAAACGCAGCUACGAAAGAAGUGUAGAUGAAUUUUUAUGGAGAACAGCAAGUCGACAUAGUCGACACAGUGAUCAUCGAUCCUCCCGGGAUCAUCAUCAUAGAUAUAGGGACCGUAGAUAAGAAAUUUUUUACAUUAUCCUCAUCCAUUUAUUUCAUUUCUCAAUUCAUGCACACUUUGUAAGGGCUUUCAAAAGAAUCACGAUACCUAUGAUUACAUAAUAGACAAGAACUCAUUGAAUCAGUCGAAAGUUUAAUUAAUGUAGUGAUUUAAACAAGUGGUUUGAGAUUUAUUACUAGAUAUCAGAGAUGAGCAUUAUUUAGAUAACAAAUUAUUUAAAUAACGAUUUGAAAAGAUACUUUAUCUUUAUUCGUUAUUUGAACGUUCGAAUAAAAAAAGUAUUUUUAUUCGACAAGUAUCGAAAAGUAUCUUAUAAAUUGGGAAAA